AUGGAAGGCACAUAUGGAGUCAUGGAGGUGAAAUGGUGGUCUGAUGAUGGAGUCAUGAAGGUGGUGGUGGAAGAACGUGAUGAUGGAGUCAUGAAGAAUGGAACUCGUUCAUCCAAAGUUCAACCUUUCCUCUUUGCCUGUCCUAGCCCCAAUGAUUUACAAGUUCUGAAUGUGUUUUUGGGACACCUGUCAAUUCCAAUCCAUAAAGAGGUUCAAGAUCACAUUGAAGAACAGCCCGUUUCCUUCCCCACUGCCCCCACCAUUCAUGUAGGGAAUCUCACAACUCAAAGGAUCGUUACCCUCCCUCAAGAUAACACGCUAGAGUUUGGUCCUGAAGUUUCAAUUUUCACACAUUUUGGAUACGACCCUCUACAUGAUACAUUCAAGGUGCUUAACUUCAUCAACGAUGCCAGUCUUUCUGAGGGUUCAUAUGAGUUGAGGAUUUUGACUAUUGGAGAAUACGUGUGGAAGGUAAUCUUUCCUGAUGAUUUUACUUUGAAUCUUCAUCGGUUAGAGUCCAAGGGUUUGUGCGUCAAUGGUGCGAUACAUUGGGUAGAUUUGGACAACGAGGUCCUCAUAACAUUCAAUGUGGGACAAGAGCAAUUCAGAAAGAUUCCCAUCACAGGUGAACAAGAUUCACAGGAAGAAGACAUGAUCAGUUAUGAGCUUCUUGAACUGGGUGGACAUUUAAGUUUGGUGAAGUUCAUGAAAAAGGGGCACAUAGAGUUGUCAAUUUUGAAGGACUACAAAAAUCAGGUCUGAUUUCAAGAAACGAUCGAGCUACCGGAUGCACCUGCCAUUGAUGUACUACAUCCACUUGUAUGAAAACUUUACACGGAAGAGACCUUGUUGCUGCUUUACAGGGUGGAUGAGGAUGUCACCAGAGCUUAUUACUAUGAUGUGAAAACAAGUCGCCAUGUGAGUUUUCGUACAGAUUUGAGAUUAGGCGAAUUCCAAUUGUUCCUUUAACAAGAAAACUUCAUGCGUUUGUAGUAAUCUUUUAGGGAUGCAUCGAAUCAGUGUUUGUCUAGUGCCAAGUUUCUGUCUUUUGUUUGGGUUCGUUGGCCUUGUUGGUUGAAAUGUUGGUGUAGCUGUGCAAGGUCGUUUUAAUUUCUUGGUUCUUCGUCUAUGGUGGUUAUUACUAUUAGUGUCUCUUUUUGGGAUUUUGUCUGCAGGGUCCUGUUAAUUGUUUUUUGGUUUUUGAGUUAAUUUUUUAGUACCGUCUGAACUGAGACAGUUUCAAAACAGUCUCAUACUUAAAAAAUUAAUGUUUUAAUCUCAGUUAAUCUGCAUUUUUAUAUUUUAUUUCAUAAAUUCCAUAAUGAUAAAUGAACCACUAAAUUUAUACGGUGAUGAAGUUGAAUGUUAUUAAGGUUUAUGAGUUUGGGUUUAAGUCAUAAUUCGUGAUAGUUUUUGGAUUACUAUAUAAAAUAUUGAUUGAUGAAGAUUAAAAAUAUAAUU